GUUAUAAAAAAGAUAAAAUCUGAUUCUUGAUAAGGGACCAUAUCAUGUGUAUUAGUUGCAGAAGUUGGACCAAAAGCUGCUAAAUUUUGAAACCAAAGCAAAAACCUGAGCAACUGCAAAUCUUUUUAAGAUUGCAUCAGUUCUGCAGUAAAUCAUCUGAGCCAUUUGCUUAAUAACAGUAAAUGUGGUCUGCAGCUAGUAAUACACUAAUACUCAAGCAGUCAUUUGUUUUUCAGAAUCUUUCUGCCAGAGAGGUUUCUCGGUGUUGCUCUGAACACACUAAUUUGAAAACGUAUGGCAAGUCAAAGAAUUAGCUACUUUCCGAUGCAAGCAUCUCAUAAUGCUACCGUUAUGAAUGGGCCUCCUGGGUUUUACGAACAGCCCGUGCGAGGUCAGGAGUCAUAUUACUGGCAUCCCAAUCAGAACUAUCAAUACCCAUUAUCUGAUGAAGCCAGCAAAGAGAUGCACCGUUCAACGGAGACAUUUGACCAUGGCCACACACUAGACUCCUCUUCUGGAACUGGUUGUUAUCCGGGUCAAAACUCUCCAUCUACUGCUAGCUUCUCUCCAAAUGAAAGUGGAAUUUCCCAUCCAAAUUCUCAGUCAUAUGUACUAGAUCUGCAUAACUCCUCUGAGAAUACAAGUGGUUCGCCAGAUAGGGAGUCUUAUGUUAUCGACAAGCUGAGAGAACUAGAAACUGCUAUGCUGGGGCCUGCAGAUGAUCUCGACAUCUAUAAUGUAACAACUCCGGAUGGAUCCAAUCAAAUUGCAUUUGAGGAAGAGAAGUGGAAGAUUUUAUCGGAGAUGAUAUCUAGAGGAGACUUGAAAGAAGCACUCUGUACGUGCGCUCAAGCUAUUGAAUAUAAUGAUAUGCUUACAUUUGAAUUGCUAAUAACUGAGAUAAGGCAGAUGGUAUCGGUUUCUGGCGAACCCGUUCAACGUUUAGGUGCCUACAUGCUGGAAGGACUUAUUGCGAGGUUGGCAUCUUCUGGAAGUUCUAUCUACAAAUCUCUACGAUGCAAGGAGCCUGCCGGUGCUGAGCUCCUUUCUUACAUGCAUGUACUCUAUGAAGUCUGCCCGUACUUCAAGUUCGGGUAUAUGUCGGCAAAUGGAGCAAUUGCUGAUGCGAUGAGAAAUGAAACUAGAGUUCAUAUAAUUGACUUUGAAAUUGCACAAGGAAGCCAGUGGCUCACCUUAAUCCAGGCUCUUGCUGCUAGACCCGGAGGACCACCGCAGAUUCGGAUUACAGGCAUCGAUGAUUCCACAUCAGCUUAUGCUCGUGGUGGAGGACUUGAUAUUGUGGGUCAGAGAUUGUCGAGGCUUGCCGAGUCAUGCAAGGUGCCCUUCGAGUUCCACGCAGCUGGAGUUUCUGCUUCUCAAAUUGAGUUUCAGCAUCUCGGUAUUCGACCUGGCGAGGCUCUCGCAGUUAAUUUUGCCUUAACGCUUCACCACAUGCCCGAUGAAAGCGUAGGCACUCAAAAUCACCGGGACAGGCUGUUGAGGUUGGUUAAGAGCUUAUCUCCAAAAGUGGUAACUCUUGUCGAGCAAGAAUCGAAUACCAAUACUGCCCCGUUCCCUCUCCGUUUCACCGAGGCGUUAAACUAUUAUCUGGCUGUAUUCGAAUCAAUGGAUGUUACUCUCCCGAGGGACCAUAAGGAACGGAUCAACGUGGAGCAGCAUUGUCUUGCUCGGGAGAUUGUCAACGUUAUAGCAUGUGAAGGUGCUGAACGAGUAGAACGUCACGAACUUUUAGGUAAAUGGAGAUCACGGUUCACCAUGGCAGGAUUUACGCCAUGUCCGUUAAGCUCUUUUGUUAACGCUACUAUCAAGUCUCUGCUAGAGAGCUACUCAAAAAAGUAUACACUUGAAGAGAGGGAUGGAGCUCUAUAUCUCGGUUGGAUGAACCGACCGCUGAUUGCUUCUUGUGCCUGGAGAUGAUAAUCAGAAAGAUCGAUCAAGAGAGAUUUUGUAUGCUUCGGACUUGUAAGGUGAGGAACAUCCUUUUAUGUUUUUGUUUAUAGAAAGUAGUAUAACAAUGUCAUAAAAACUAAUAUAUUAUCUAGCAAUGAACUGCCUCUGUUUGCAAUA